CCAUUUAAAAGGUAAAUAAACAGGCUUUCCAAUGGUAUAAGAUUUAUUGCUAAGAAGCAUUGUUACAACAAAGAAAUAAUCUACCAAACACAAAUUUCCUUUCUUUUUAUGCAAAGUUUAUUUAUGGAUCUCAUCAAAUGUCACAUGUUCUGUUUGUAUUGUGUGUAUUUUUUAGGUUACCCGUGCAAAGGCUACAGAUUCAAAUUAGCUUUAUGGCUAACUCUGGCUUAAUAGUUGUGUUGUGCAUGGUUAAACUAAGCCAGGCAUCACAUGAAUACCAGUGUUGUUGCCUCAGAUUUAAAAAAAAACACAGCCUAAAUGAUUUGAGAUUAAAAAAAAAAAACUACUCGAAAUAUCUCAUAUGAUGUAGCCUAAAACAAAAAAUCUAUAAACAUGUAUGAUUUGGGACCCCCAGUCCUGUUCUGUUUCAUCUUUUACAGUGUAUUGUCUCGUCACUUAAACUCUAAACUCUCAAUGAAAACAGUCGUUUCAUCCUCAAGCCCAAGACAUGUCCCCUUGUUAAACACAGGGUUGAGCUGAAUACGUCGUUCACUCAUCCUUAAACAAAGGAAGCUCCAUCCAUGAAGUUUAGUGUUGUCCACUCAGCUGGGGUCUGUGGCGCGUGGUGUCUUUGGGGCAGGAUGGCUCCGCCCACAUCCAGAUGUGCUCCUCUCUCUCCUCUCUCUCCAGUCCUCUGCUGGCUUCAGCAGAGUGCAGAGCCUCGGGGAGUCAACAGGAGGGAACGAAAAGACACGUUUGAAGUAGAAAGAAAGAGGAGCCGGUCCCCUUCAGCCGUGCUCUGAACCAGCCAGGUAUCACUCAGUCCAUAAAGUCGUGACUUGAGUCGAUAGUCCUCGAGGUGGAGUUUGUUUUUUUAGAUGUUGCUUUUUUGUUUUCACCUGUGCAGAGCUGAUGGAGAGAGGCAGGACCAGGAGCGCUGCCAGUUGAGCCAGAGCGGACUCUGUUGUCAGGGAGCGGUCACAUUUCUUCUUCCACGACCCCACUUGGCUUUCUAGAGGAGCUUAAAGGGGGAGAGAAGAAGAGGAAGAGAAGAAAAACAAACGCACAUCGGAUUUUCAUUUCAUUUUUUGUCUCCUAGCUGCGGGAUUGGGAUGUAACCAGUGUCUACAUGCAUUUGGAAGUCGCGUGAGGUUGCCUCCUCAUUAAGAAGAGCAAACUGCAGGCGCGUGCGGUUAAUUGAAAUCGACCAAGUGGUCUCUUUUUGGAUGUAAAGCCGCAGCAGAGGUUCUUUCUCCUCUCCUACCCCCCCUUCCUCCUCCUCCUCCUCCUCCUCUCACCUGCAACAUGACUUCACUGUCGGGGACCAAGGAGAGGUCUGUGAGCAGCCGGAGCAGAAAAUAUGGGGUACCUGACACCUCUCCGACCAAAUCUGCCUCCAUUUUCCCGGACACAUGGUACAGAAAAGCAUACGAGGAAACCAACCGCUCCAACACACGCCCUGCCCCAGAGGGAGCCGGCUCUAUGCCAAGCUCCACAGGAACUCCAUCCCCGGGCUCAGGAAUCUCUUCACCCGGGUCCUUCUCUGGCUCGCCUGGGACCAUCUCUCCUGGGAUUGGGACAGGAUCCCCUGGAUCUCUGGGUGGCUCUCCAGGGUUCGGGACAGGAUCGCCGGCCUCGGGCAGCGGAAGCUCCCCUGGCAGUGAGAGAGGGAUUUGGUGUGAGAACUGCAACGCCAGGCUGGCUGAGCUGAAAAGACAGGCACUGAAACUACUCAUCCCUGGACCGUACUCCAGCAAGGAUCCGUCGUUCUCUCUCCUCCUCCAUGAUAAGCUUCAGGUGCCCAACAGUUCCCGCCGAGCGUGGAAUGAGCGUGACAGUCGCUGUGAUGUCUGUGCCACUCACCUCACUCAGCUCAAACAGGAGGCUGUCCGUAUGGUCCUCACUCUGGACCAGUGGGAUUUAUCUCCCACCUCCUCCCCGACAUCCCUGAUUGGACGUUAUGGCUCUCAAGGAGCUCUGGGUGGAAUCGGAGCUUCUGGAGCACGGGACUGGCCUCCUCCUUUUCUUCCUUCAUCAUCCUCCGCAGCUUCUGCUGCUGUUUCACUCCCUCCUCAUCCAUCCUCCCAGUCUCCAUCCCCGAGUCCUAGCCAGACCCCCACACCCAGUCCGAGCCAUGGACCAUCCAACUCGAGUCAUGGGAGCCCCUCUAUGGCUCAAACGUCCAGCUUUGCUCCAACAAACCCAACACCUCAAGGCCAAGGACACAGACUGGGAUGUAAGCCCAGCUCCCUGGGGCUGGGAGGUGCAGUGGACAGGAGGAAUGGGUCUCCCAGUUCAGGAAAAGCUGGUGCUCAGCAGCAGGCAGUGAGCGGAGUAAACAGCCCAGGCAGUAAUGGUGGUAACAGCAGCAAUAAUGGGAGUGGAGCUGUGCAGGCCCAUCAGCACCUCAACAGAACAAAUGGAGGAGUUACACUCUACCCAUACCAGAUCUCCCAGAUGGUCUCCGAGGCUUCCAGGGAAGGUCAGACCGAGGCUGCCCUGAACCGCUACAACACACACUCCCCCUCACACACCAACUCAUCAUCGCACACCAACUCUCCCUCACACACUCCAGCUGUGACCACGACGGCUCCGACCACCACCACGUCUGCUGCCGCCUCCUUCUUUGCCAGAGCUGCACAAAAGUUGAACUUGGCAUCCAAAAAGAAGAAACAGAAGACCACCGCUGUCACAGCCCCAGUGACAUCAUCAGCACAGUCAUGUGACCCCCCUCUGUUCCCCACUAAUUUCAGUGCUGCUCUGUUGAUGGCUCCUCCCCCUGCUCCUCCAUGCCUGCUCCGUGCAGCCAACAAAAUCAAAGACACUCCUGGACUUGGAAAGGUGAAAGUGAUGGUGCGUGUUUGCCCGGUGUCUCAGUCUGAUGCAGCAGAGUCCAGCUCCUUUCUUAAAGUGGAUCCCAGGAAAAAACAAAUCACCAUCAUGGACCCUUCAAUCAACCAGACACCAAGCGCCGCCUCUCAAAAAAGAGUGUCAGCCAAUCAGGUCCCUCCAAAGAUGUUCACCUUUGAUGCUGCGUUCCCUCCUGAUGCCUCACAGGCGGAGGUGUGCGCAGGGACGGUUGCUGAGGUGAUACAGUCGGUGGUUAACGGAGCAGACGGCUGCGUCUUCUGCUUUGGACACUCCAAGCUUGGGAAAUCUUACACGAUGAUCGGCCGUGACGACUCUCUGCAGACUCUGGGCAUAAUCCCAUGUGCCAUCUCCUGGCUGUUUAAGCUCAUCAACGAGAGGAAGGAGAAAACAGGAGCUCGCUUCUCUGUUCGUGUCUCUGCAGUUGAGGUUUGGGGAAAAGAAGAGAACCUAAAGGACUUGCUCUCUGAAGUAGCUACAGGCAGCUUACAGGAUGGACACUCUCCUGGAGUCUACCUGUGUGAGGAUCCCAUCUGUGGCAUGCAGCUACAGAACCAGUCUGAACUUCGUGCCCCCACCCCUGAGAAGGCAGCCUGGUUUUUGGAUGCAGCCAUCGCCGCUCGCCACAGCAGCCAACGGCCCAACACCACCGAAGAAGAGCAUAGAAACUCACACAUGCUGUUCACAUUACACAUAUACCAGUAUCGCAUGGAGAAGGCGGGCAAAGGAGGGAUGUCAGGAGGGCGCAGUCGCCUCCACCUGCUGGACCUUGGCAGUUGUGAUGUCAAAGUACUCAGUGGUGUAGGAGGAGGAGGAGGAGGAGGAGGAGGAGGAGGUAAAGGCAGGGAGAACUCUUCACCCAGCUCAGCCCCUCUGUGCCUUUCUCUAUCUGCCCUCGGAAAUGUGAUCCUGGCCCUGGUCAACGGGAGCAAACACAUCCCAUACAAGGACAGCAAGCUGACCAUGUUGCUAAGGGAGUCGCUAGGCAACAUGAACUGCCGGACCACCAUGAUUGCUCACAUCUCCGCCUCACCCAAAGAUUUCUCAGAAACGCUCUCCACCAUCCAGAUUGCUUCCCGAGUGCUGCGCAUGAAAAAGAAGAAAACUAAAGUGACAGUGCAAUACACUUCCAGCUCGUCUGGAGGAGAGAGCUCCUGUGAGGAGGGUCGCAUGCGGCGCCCGACCCAUCUGCGCCCUUUCCAUCACCGUGGCGACGCUGACUCUGACCUUCAGUUGCUGCGGCUUUCCAGCGAUCCAGAUGAAUACUCCAGCAGCGAGCAAUCAUGUGACACGGUUAUCUACGUGGGCCCGAACGGGGCUGCGGUGUCAGAUAGGGAACUGACGGACAAUGAGGGACCGCCGGAGUUUGUUCCCAUCAUUCCUGCUCUGCUCAGAGGCAAAACGUCCGAGCAGCAUCAAGCUCAGAGUCAGGCAGCCGGAGCACAGAACAAGGUGCAGACUCAGCCUGAGGAGCAGCCCAGCGGCCCUCCUCAGCCCCUCCCUCAGCCUGCUCAGUCACUGCUUGGACAGCCGCUGGCCCCCGUCCCAGAGGAAGGAGCUGAGUGUCUCAAGUGUAACACCUUUGCCGAGCUGCAGGAGAGACUGGACUGCAUCGAUGGCAGCGAGGAGGUGGCAAAAUUCCCAUUUGAGGAGGUACCAGCAAGCAAACAAGGUCCUAAACAAGACCAGUGUCCAUCUUUAGCUGUUCCCCCCUCUGCUCCCAGCUCUGCUGCAUCAGAUAGAGAAGCUAACACAGGCGGUGCAGCGCAGUCCUCCAGAAGGAGGACCAAUGACCAGCAGCUGCAGGAGAUCAAGGAGGUGGUGGAGGAGGCGGAGCUGGCAGGAACAAUGAUCCACAACCUGACACAGAGUUCUGGUUCACCCAUAGUAACUAGUACCAGGAGCAUCACAGGAAGUAACUGCAUCACCUCCAACCCACUGCACAGAGCCAAAAGCUUCCACCUGCAGGACAGCCAUGAGAAUCUGAAUGUGUGCAGCAACACUGACGGGAAGGCACGCCCUCUGGGAUCACCACGCCUCGGCAUCGCCAGCCUGACCAAAACCUCAGACUACAGGCCUCCGUCCUCUCCAUCUCAGCGGUGUAAAGUUUACACACAGAAAGGUGUGAUGCCGGCAACACCUCCUCCAUCCUCACACACUCUGGCUCAGGACUGCCAGACCACAGAGGCUCUGACUUCAGACAACAGUUUGGCUGCAGACAGCGGCCGGUCCUCCACCGAAUCUUUGCUAUCCAGGACUUCCCCAGUCGGCAUGAGCCCACAAGUCCGUGAACCAACUCAGUCUCUGUCUGCCAGCCUGGGCUCAGCAGAGACUCUCUGUGAUGAUGAUGUCCCUCCCAUACCCUUGGACACACAAAGGGAUGCCGCAGGGCCGACAGUAUCUGUGGCCACAGUCGGACCGCUCUCACACAUAGAGGAUGAGCUGGUGUACACUGUAGCCUCUGGAGGGGAGGAGGACCUCAGUGUUACGGCUCUAAUGGAGAGUCAGGGUCUGACCUGUGGCCCAACAAGCAUCGUCAGCUUCAACACUAACUGCUGCUCUGUCACAGACCUCGCCUCGGGCUCUCAGACCCUCUGCAUCAUCGGCGGUCCUGCUGAGGAUGAAGCUUUGGGGGAUUAUCACAUCCCUGCAGGUCCUGUCACAACCUCAGGGGUUACAGAGGUUGUCGCCAUGGCAGAGGUGGCAAUGGCGAGGCUGCGGGUGGAAGGUGAAGCUUUAGCCUCAGUGAUGUCUGGUUGUGGUUCACCCGUCUCUUCCUGGAUGAGUGAUCUGAGCAUGUGCAGCGAAGGUGACCAGUCUCUGCACAGCUUCAGUCAGUCCCAGAGCCAGCAAGGGGAGGCCUUGGCUGAACCUGACCCCAGCCUUCCCUUUGGGGUGGAGGGACUUGGAGUUUAUGACGGCUGUGGCAGCCCAAGGAGAGGAAGUUUAGAGGGAGAGAUGGUGCUGUCAGAAACUGGGAGUGAUAAAGGAACUCCAACCAAAGACAGGCUGAGGAAACUGCCUCCAUCCAUGGCUAAGACGAACAUCCAGUUUCUAACAGGACCUGGUAACCUCUCUCCCUUCAAAGCCACCAUCAGUGUGCACCCAUGUGUGGCGGUCAAACCCAUGGUUAUACAGGAAACAGCCAUCCUCUCUUCACCCACCAAAACCAGCUUAAAAAGUGACCCUAGAAAAAUCAAUCCACCACAUUUAGCUUCUAUUUCCAGUGAGAUGAGCUUUGAGGACCCCUGGUUGAAGCGUGGUGUGGAGGAAGUGAGGUCCAAGGAGCUUGUGUGUGAGGUGAAGCCAGGGAAGAGGGAGGCGGAGCAGCCAAAGAGCCAGACUGGAGCUGGAAACGGAGACCAGCGCAGCACCAGCAGGGAAGGUGGGGAUCAUGGCUCCUGCUCAGGUGGUGAAGUUGUGUCGUCUCCAGAUUCCUUUAAGCGAGUGGUGGAUGGCUGUGAGAUGGUUGCUGUUGUUGCCCAGGGAGACUGUCUGACUGGUAUCUACAGUCCAGAAAUUCACCGCACUGCCAGUCUUCCCCGCGGCUGGCACCGGCUCAACCGCCAUGACGGUUUAGACAAUGGAAACGAGUACCGUAAUCUUGGCAUAACAACGUCAACUCCCUGCAGUCCCCGUGCCACACUUGACCGCCGAGGCUCAGCUGGAAAACAGAGCUUCUUCUCUCACAAGAAAGGAGGAAUCCCACCUCUGCCCCCGGUACGGAAGUCCAGCCUGGACCAGAGAAACAGGGCAGCCAGCCCUCUACACCAGCUGAGCCAUGGAGUAUCAUCACUGAGCUCAGCAGAGGAUGCUGGGAUGUCUGGAGGUGGCCCAGCAGGUGUCACCAGACAACGAGGCUCCAGCAUCGACAGCAGCAGACUCUUCAGUGCCAAGUUGGAACAGCUUGCAAACAGAACCAAUUCUCUGGGUCGGGUCCAUAACUCACACAAUGGCUCCCACCACUAUGACUGCUUCUCUCUGGAGAGGGGGGGCAGCCUUAGAGGAAGUAGUGGAGGAGGAGUGAGGGGGGACAGCACCAUGCCUCGUACAGGGCGCAGCCUGACACGUACUGGAUCAGUACCUUCUCCGACUGGAAAUCCCAGCAGUCCCAGUUUCAGCGCCACUCCGUGUCCGAGCAGCGCUCCACAGUCACCAGCGAAAACCAGCAGCCAGUCUAAGAUCUCAGCUGUCAGUAAGCUGCUGAUGACCAGCAGCCCCAAAGCCAGGAGCCUGUCUGCCUCCAGCACCAAGACACUCAGCUUCUCCACCAAGUCUUUGAGCCAAACUGGCAGCCGCAGCUCCAGCCUCCCUCCUAAUGGGAAGCCUCAGCCUUCAGUACAGGGCCCUGUACAGCAGCAGGGAUCGGCCCCUGGAUCCUGGUCUACCCAGUCUUUAAGCCGUAGUCGAGGGGGAAGCCUUGCUGCCAAGCUGCCUCUGCGGGCUGUCAACGGUCGUAUCUCCGAACUCCUCCAGGGGAGCGCAGGCUCCCGUUCCAGGAGUCAUGCCCAAGGAGGAGGCACAGAUCCAGGAGAGGAGAGAGGAGCUACAGGACCAAGUGGAGUGGGAGCUGCAGCAGGAGGGGGAGCUACUCUGGGAGAGGAGAGGACAUCAGUGGUCCAAACUCUUCCCUCUCCCUACAGCAAAAUCACAGCCCCCAGAAAACCACACCGCUGCAGCAGCGGACAUGCCAGUGACAACAGCAGCGUUCUGAGUGGUGAGCUCCCUCCAGCCAUGGGGAAGACAGCCUUGUUCUACCACAGCGGAGGCAGCAGCGGCUAUGAGAGCAUGCUGAGAGACAGCAGCGAGAACACAGGGAGCACCUCCUCGGCUCAGGACUCCCUCAGUGAACACAGUUCAGCCACCACCUCCUCCAGACGGAGCUCUAAGAGCAGCAAGAAGAGCAGGAGCAACACAGGCCUUCAGCGUCGCCGUCUGAUCCCAGCACUGACCUUGGACUCUUCAUCCUCCUCACCUUCUCACCGUUCCUCCAAACAGACCACUUCCUCUUCAUCCUCCUCCUCCAGCCCUGGUGCAUGCUGGGUAGAUGGCCCCCUGGGGCCUCCAACUCCUUCAAACCUCCGGGCCACAACCACAACAACAGAAACCUUCGAGAUCAAGGUGUACGAGAUAGAUGACGUUGAAAGGAUGCAGAAGAGGAGAGACAGAGGAGGGAGCAAGGAGGUGGUGUACGUCAGCGCCAAGCUCCGCCUGCUGGAACACCGUCAGCAGAGGAUCAGUGAAGUCCGAGCCAAGUACCAGUGUCUGAAGAAAGAGCUGGAGCAAACCAAACAGUACUUGAUGCUAGAGCCACACAAGUGGACCACAGAGUUUGAACUACAGCAGGUCUAUGAGGUGGACUCCCUGGAGUACUUGGAGGCCCUGGAAACAGUGACGGACAAACUGGAGACAAGAGUCAACUUCUGCAAAGCUCACCUUAUGAUGAUCACCUGCUUCGAUGUGUCCUCCAGACAUCGGUAGAGGAGUGGGGAUGAAGACAUGGAGGACAGAUGGAUGUUGACGUUGUGAACCUUUCCCAGCUGUUUAUUUCAACACUUAAAAAAAUAUUCCCUUAAAGAAGCCUCUCAUUGAAUGAAUAAAUAAUUGGAGAAGGGUAAAAAAGGAUGAAGCAUAUGGUUGAUACUGCAUGUCAUUCUUAUGUCUCCUUCAAGCUUAAGUCGGCAGAUGGACAGGCAGAGAGAUGGAGGGAUAAAAUGAAGGGAAAUCUAACAGAUGAGUCUGCAGAUAUUUUUUCUUGGGACUUGGAAAAAACUCAGAGACAGACAGUGAACGUCAUCUAAUGGAUGAGGAACUUUCAUUAUAGACAAAUAUGGAUGUCUACAGGGACAGACAGAUGGGUUGUGUCUGUAAACAAACAUCAGUAAGCACAGAAGUGAUUAAUUAGACUGCUGAGACACUUCAUAGACUGAGGGAUUUUACAAGAGUACUUUUUAGAGUUUGAGCUGUGAGUCAAUGACAAAAUGCUGGCCUGGUAUUGUCAUCCAGUUGAUAAAAGAGACUGACCAAGAAGAGGACUAGAAGACAAAGAAAUAAGUGCCUUGUGAACAUCUCAACAAUACCCAACCAGUUCUCUUCUCUCUGAAUCUGACUACAUGCAGUAUGUACGGUGCUAGCAUAGAAAAAUAACCACAAAAAUUCAACGUCAUUGGAAAAUCUUUGAGCUUUUAGCCAUUUCUAAAUGUGAUGUUUUAUUGUGGAUCAGUGUGUUUCUAUAUCAUAGACAAAUAAUGAAAGUUUGGAUGUUUUUUGGUACAGCAGCAGGGUUUGAAUUUCAAUUUGAAUGACUGAAAGACUUAAACAAGACCUACACAACACUUAAAACUCAUCUUUUAAACUGAUGCAAGGACCAAAAGUCAAAUAUGAUCAUGAUUUUUCCAGGAUACAGAGACAGAGAGAGGGAAAAAAAAGAUUUUACGCUAGUUUAUCGUAGUGUCUUUUUUCAAAAUAAAGCACAUCCCUUCUAUUGGAAUAUCCUACAGUAGUGUUUUCCCCUGAUACGGAUGUGAUGGCUUUUACAUGUUCACAAAGCAAUGAGUCACACAUAAGUGGAAAUGAAAAUGUGUUUUCUCUCCAGCGUGAAGUCCAUCCAUCGAUUGACUGCCCGUCACAUUGACUGUCUGUUGUUUGUAUCCGUGUUGUUCUGCUCUAUUCUAAAAGAAACUGAAUGAUUCAUUGUUUUGUGUGUUUUAUAAGGUAAUCUUUUUUAUUUGAGUGCAAUGGGACCAUGUGGAGACAAUGUAUGAUAGUAGGAGAAUGGAAAUAAGAUAGAGAUAUUUAAGAGUGCAGAGGAUACAGCUGACAUUUAUAGAUACACAGUUUUUAAAUGUCAUUAUAAGGCCUGGAUUAAAAGAUGAUUUAGAUUGAAAAUGCUUAGUUUGGACAUCAAUUAUGGUUAAAAUAAUAUGAAAAGUUCAUGUUUGUCUUUCCUCAAAAGACAAAGAAUUUAAAAAACUAAAAGAGAAAUGAAGGAGAGCUAAAGAGAGAAAAGGAUAUGACCAAAUUAGAUGAUCCCUGCCUGGUUCCAUGUUUUUUUUUUUUUUUUCAAAGGAUAGCAGCUCGUAUGAUUUGUUAAUAUUAUUAUCGAUGGUGCUUGAGAUGUUUAUGAUCUAAAUGUUUGUAUAAAUAUAUAAAUAUAUGAAAGAGCCUGUUUCCCUCUGAAAGA